AUGACAGGCAGUAUCUCCCUGGUGUUUACCCACCAGGUUUCAUUGGCCAUUGGCAGAGAGCUCCUCCCAGAGGUAUUAAUUCCCAACCACACCCUCAAGUUGAUGGAGGUAGAAUGUCCAAAUGUUUGCAUUCAUCAGCAGUUAAUGUUACCAACUUGCUCUCACCUUGACCUAAAAGAGGAAAAGGUAUCACCAAUUGGAAUUGUCUCCUUAGUACUUUUCCAGACCAGACAGGGUCCAUCACACACCAAGGCUCCUUUAGAAAUCGCAUCAACUACCCGAGUACAGCGGGCUUGCCCUCAGUUAAGAUGGCCGCAACUACCUUCCCUUGCCCUUGUCAGCCUGCGCCCAGGAUGGUUCCAAGGACUUCCUUCAACUACAUUUUUCCCAUCACAAAGAUGGCGGCGCCGCUUCCGGUUCCGGGAUCUGGUUGCCGCGGGGUGCCAGACUAUGGAAGCCACUCCAGGCAGCCAGUCAGGGGAGAGCUGUGCACUGGACCUACCAUCGGCUUGCGACCUAAGAGAUUAUAUGCUACAGAGACCCAGCCAGGAGGCCAACAAUGAGGCACUUAGUUCUGUGGAAGUCCAUUCUUUUCCUUACUCUUCUGAUGUGGAUCCAGAUAGCAGUAACCUGAAUAGUGAACAGAAGAACUCCUGGACUUCUGAGGACUUGUGGCCAGACCCUUCUUUGAAAGGCCAGGCAGAAGCCAAUGAAGAGGAUGCUGGGCUUCGGAAAGCCCUAGAUAGAUUCUAUGAAGUGUUUGGACAUCCACAGCCAGCCUCUGGGAAUCCACUCUCUGCGUUUGUCUGCCAGCACCUGUCUGAGAAAAUCCCCGAACUGAGGGACCAGGAGAGCCAGAAAUAUGCCCUCCGCAGCUUCCAGAUGGCACAGGUCAUCUUCAACCGGGACGGCUACUCAGCCUUGCAGAGACAUUCCAAGCACGCACACUUCUACCCUCUGGGAGCAGCAGACAUCUCUCUGGAUGAUGAAGAGCCCAUCCCAGGGCUAUCAAAAGAUAUCAUUUGUUAUCUCUUGAAGCACUGCGUGAUGACAGACCCAUAACUGGUGCUGAUGCUGAGAGCAAGCAGUACUGAAGAUGAUGUGAUGCCUCCCUCAGAAUCCCUGGGGGUCUCUUGUCAAAUGUUUGUCCCCAGCCCAGACAAAGAUAAGUGGUUUAUAAUUAAAGGCUGGCACCUGUGA